CAGUCGGGUGUGCGACUGUUUCCACGCUGAACGAACUUUCAUGCAUUGCUUUCCUGUUCAGAGCAGUGAUGGAAGCAGACAGGCUCGAUUGAAAGAAGACAAGUGGGGCUGUUAAAAAAAACAUUUUCACGCAACUGUUAUCUGUCUGGACAAAGAGGAUAUUGAGAGGGACGUGAACGCCGCAGCAAAUCCUCGACUAACUGCGCAGUUUGGCCGCUUAAACCUGAUUGAAAUGUUUGCGUUUCUACGCCGGGUCGGAAUGAAGUAGUCCAUCAGUCAGACACUUUCACAGAUAACGAUUAAAACUCUCAUAUUUCCUACUCCUCCGUGUGUUUUGGGACCUGCGGGGCAUCAUGGCUUUUCUUCACUUUGUCCUGUGUGCCGGGAUGUUAUCAACGUGUGGAGCCUUUUUCAAGGGACCGUUACAUCCGGAGAUGUCCAACGGCACUUUUCAUCACUAUUUCGUGCCGGACGGUGACUACGAGGAAAACGACGACCCGGAGAAAUGCCAGAUGCUUUUCAAAAUGACAGACGAGCGAAAGUGCGGUCUCGACGAGGACCAGGACGCCGUCAUACGGGAUGAUUUCACCAUCAUCAAGAGGCAGAUCGAGGACUCGGCCAGGGUGCUGGAGGGGAUCGGGAAAAGCAUCUCGUACGACCUGGACGGAGAGGACAGCUACGGGAAGUAUUUGCGCAGGGAGACGGCGCAGAUAAGCGAGGCGUUCACAAACUCGGAGAAAUCUCUGCUGGAGCUGGAGGUGAAAUUCAAGCAGAGCCAGGAGAGCGAGCUGAAGGAGGAGCACCGGCUCAGCGACGACUUUCUCAACAUGGUCGUGCACACGCGGGACGUCCUGAAGGAGACGUUGGACAUUUCUCUGGGACUGAAGGACAAGCACGAGCUCCUGUCCCUGAUCAUCCGCAGCCACGGCACGAGACUAAGCAGACUGAAGAACGAAUACAUGAAGUUCUGAGAGAAAGUAGUUCCCACGCGUCUCAUUACAGUCAUAUUUGUGUUCUUAUUUUUAUUUUUAUGGUGGAGUGUGACCGUGAGGAAGAGGCAAAUUUGAGCAGUCAAAUCAGGGAUAAAACCAGCUUCAAUUAAAUUACAAAACAAAAAAAAUCUCGUUUAACUCUAGAGCAGUGGUUCCCAAGAAUAGGGUCCGGGGGUCAUAAGGUAAUUAAUUGAUUAGGAAAGCUGGAUUAUCAAACAGGCAAAGACAGCGACUGCCCCAAGGCCCCAGACCCCCAGGGGCCACAAAAGCCCCACAUUCAUUGUGUCAGUUGUGUUUCUGUAAUUUGGUUAUUUGCAAAUUAUGUUGCAAAUUUGCACUACUAAAGUACAAUAUCAACUAUGAUGGGUCCUGUAUUAUUAUCCAAUCACAUGGCAUAGUUUAUGCAAACAACAAACACACACAAAAAAAAUCUUUGAAACACAAGCUGUUCCAUUUAUAUAUACAGUUGCAAAAACUACAAUUGAAUUCAGGCUAUAUAAAAACCUGGGCAUAUAAAACCAUUGCUGAGCACUGCUUGUGGUGAGUAAGAAAAUUUGUUGUUUUGACCUUUACUUUGGACUAUAUCUGACACCAACAGUGUUACUUUUUACAGAACGAGCACAAUGGGUGGGCGAUAUGGAUAAUAGCCUCUUUCACGGUACAUGAAAUUUUAUAUGCCAAUAUUUUGAUACUUUUUCUGGAAAAAAGCCAACUGAGAAACUGUUAAUGGAUAAGAUAACCAGAGAGGAAUGUCUGCUUUUGGCUGAUCCAGCAAACUGAAUCAAAGUACCUCAUCCUAUUGAUGGAAAAGUUCAUCCAAUAUUGCCAAAAAGUGUUUCAGCUAAGUGAUUUGCAAUUCACCUAGAGAUAUUAAAGAGAUAGCUACCACAGUAUAAAUGAUAUGGCUCUCUAGACAAAUAUACUGUACAUCAUCUGACUGCGUAAAAUGUCAUAUUGCCCACUUCUAGAAACAUACAAUAGUGGUUCCAACACUAUAUUUAAAUACAGCUAAAUACAAAUUACAGUAAUAUUUUCCAGUAAACAAUGUAUGGCCUUAAUGUUAGUUAAACAUUAUCUGCCAAUCAAUAAACCAAAGCUUCCUCUUUUCUUGGCAUAUGGUUAUUUUUGGUUGUUAUUGUAUUGAAUUUACCUGUAAACGGUUCCGGGUUUGUGCGUGUGUGUACAUGUGUGUGUAAAACAACGGCUUCUAACAUGAGUCAGCCAAUAAAAAAAAAGUGAGAACAGGAAAUGUCAGCUUUCAAAACAUAAGUACUGUCAUCAGAUGAAGAGUUUCCCAAAACUCAUUCAGUCCCCUUUGAGCAAAAUAAAAAGGAUUAGGUCAUAAUGUCGGACAGCUCAUGUAUCAGUGUGCAAAUUCACUGGUGAAUGCUAUGUGUUCGGUUGAAUAAAGGAGUUUUGGGAAACUCUUCACAUAGCAGUGAAGCAGCUGGCAGGGUGGACCUCAUGUAGCCUUGGUUGAAAGCUCCUACCAUGAGCAGCGUUAUUGUUGCUCUUCUCUGACACUCCAGAUGAAUGUUUCUAAGAAUAUCAAAAAAAUGUUUACAUAUUAUGAACACCUAUCUGUUGUAUUUCUUUAUAGGCUAGCACACUUUGCACAAUUCUUUACUGUGCCGGUGCUAAAGGUUGUGACAUGGUUUAAAAUGCAAGGCCUUCACUGUGCUGUUUUGCACAGGCAGUAUACUCCUGUAAAAUGUACAGUGUAUUAUUAGAAGUAAGUAAAUACUGUGAGUGCUAAUAUCUUUAUUACAGAACAUAUUAAUAUGUAUUCAUUGUUUAUAUAAAGUUUUGAAAUAGAGCAGCAUAUUUCUAUUCUUGUUUACCUUUAAGAUAUGUGGUGAGAUGUAAUACUUUGACGGAUAAGACUGCAGGCAGCACUCGUGAA